GAGGAAGGAAGGAGGAAGGAGCAUCUGUCUUCUUGAGGAUUUUUCUCGGAGUUUUUACGCAGAGCUCUAAUUGGCCCAACUUUCUUCUUGCCAAAGCAAAAAAUAUAUAACGUUUCUUGUCCAGUGUUUCUUAUCCAAUCUUCUAUAUAUAGUCCUUCACCUUCCCUCAUCUAGCACAAACUAUUUUCUUUUCACUUCCAAUCUCAUCAAACCUCUGUACCUCAGAGCAAACAGCAGACAUGGCUAAUGGUGAUUCUCAUGAUUUUGCUUCUCUCCUCUCUUCUUCUGAGAGGGAUUUCCUCAUUCGAAACAACGGUGAUCAGGUUAAGAUUGACAGCUUGAAGGGAAAGAAGCUGGCAUUAUAUUUUUCAGCAUCAUGGUGUGGCCCAUGUCAGCAAUUCACCCCAACCUUGGUGGAGGCUUACAAUGAACUUGCACCAAAAGGUGACUUUGAGAUUGUUUUCAUCUCAGCCGAUGAAGAUGAUGAAUCAUUCAAAAAUUAUUUUUUGAAGAUGCCAUGGCUUGCAAUUCCGUUCUCUGAUUCAGAGAUACGCGAUCACUUGGAUGAGCUAUUCAAGGUGCAGGGAAUACCCCACCUUGUGAUCCUUGAUGAAAGUGGGAAAGUUUCAUGUGAAAGUGGUGUUGAGAUCAUUCAGGAGUAUGGAGUUGAAGGUUAUCCUUUUACACCAGAAAAGAUCAAAGAAUUAAAAGAGCAAGAAGAAGAAGCCAGAAGGAAUCAACCUUUGAGAUCUAUCUUGGUUUUCCAUUCACGUGACUAUCUAAUUUCAUCCGAUGGAAAGAAGAUACCUGUCUCUGAACUUGAAGGGAAGACAGUAGGCCUGUAUUUCUCAUUGUCUUCAUACAAAUCGUGUGUUGAUUUUACUCGAAAGCUUGCUGAAGUUUAUGAGAAAUUGAAAGCACAGGGAGAGAAAUUUGAAGUCGUGUUCAUUUCACUGGAUGAUGAUGAAGAAGCUUUCCAGCAAUCCUUAGCAAACAAACCCUGGUUAGCAUUGCCUUUCAAGGACAAGUGCUGUGGGAAGUUAGUCCGGUAUUUUGAACUCUCAACUGUGCCCACUCUGGUUGUUAUUGGACCAGAUGGAAAAACUCUCCAUUCCAAUGUUGCUGAAGCCAUUGAAGAAUAUGGAAUUCAGGCAUACCCUUUCACCCCUGAAAAGUUUGCAGAGCUUGCGGAGAUAGAGAAAGCCAAAGAAGCUGCCCAAACCCUGGAAUCAGUUUUGGUUUCAGGGGACUGGAAUUUUGUCAUUGCGAAAGAUGGAGCAAAGAUUCUGGUGUCUGAUCUGGUUGGGAAGAACAUGCUCCUUUAUUUCUCAGCACAUUGGUGCCCUCCAUGCCGAGCCUUUCUGCCUACGCUCAUUAAAGCAUACCAAGAGAUUAAGGCAAAAGAUGAUGCAUUUGAAGUGAUUUUCAUCUCUAGUGACAGAGACCAAGCCUCUUUUGAUGAAUACUUUGCAGAGAUGCCAUGGUUGGCACUUCCCUUUGGAGAUGAGAGGAAGGCAUCAUUAAGUCGCAAAUUCAAGGUUCGAGGCAUACCCAUGCUUGUAGCUCUUGGGCCAACUGGCCGAACUAUCACCAAAGAAGCCAGAAUGCUUGUUAUGCUUCAUGGUGCUGAUGCUUAUCCCUUCACUGAUGAGCAUUUGAAGGAGAUGGAAGCAAAAUAUGAGGAGAUGGCAAAGGGGUUGCCUGAGAAGAUUAAACAUGCACUUCAUGAGGAACAUGAACUAGUGCUUGCUCGUCGAAUGGUUUAUAGUUGUGAUGGAUGUGGCAAAGGAGGAAAUAUCUGGUCCUUCUACUGUGAAGAGUGCGACUUUGAUCUUCAUCCAAAAUGUGCACUGAAAGAAGGUGAGGAAACUAAAGAUGAUGAAAAGGAUGAAUCAAAACCUGGAGAAGGAUGGGCCUGUGACGGGGAGGUCUGUUACAAAGCCUGAGAAAUCAGUGUUUUAAUGUUUUUAGCUGAGCUCAACUGAUCAAUAAAUAUGUAAAUAUUCAUGUGUUUUUUUCAGCUUUUGCUUGUUUUCCUCUUAUAGUAUGCUGAUCUUUGAAGGACACCUCUGCUCAUAUGCUUUGGAGGUAUCUCUUGAGAUGAAUCUUGUGUAUUACGUUGCUAUCAAUGAAGUCAUUUGCAUUAAAAAAAUUCCUGCCUUUUCCCUCA